AUGGCGGCAGGGGGGGCAGCGGGCCUGAGGGAGGAGAAACGCUACGGGCUGUCGUGCGGACGGCUGGGGCAGGACAACAUCACUGUACUGCAUGUGAAGCUCACCGAGACGGCGAUCCGAGCGCUUGAGACCUACCAGAGCCACAAGAAUUUAAUUCCUUUUCAACCUUCAAUUCAGUUUCAAGGGCUCCAGGGGCUUGUCAAAAUUCCUAAAAUUGAUCCCCACAAUGAAGUACAUAACUUUAACUUCUAUUUGUCAAAUGUGGGUAAAGACAACCCUCAGGGCAGUUUUGACUGCAUCCAGCAGACAUUCUCAAGCUCUGGAGCCUCCCAGCUCAAUUGCCUGGGAUUUAUACAAGAUAAAAUUACAGUGUGUGCAACAAACGACUCAUAUCAGAUGACACGAGAAAGAAUGACCCAGGCAGAGGAGGAGUCCCGCAACCGAAGCACAAAAGUUAUCAAACCCGGUGGACCAUAUGUAGGGAAAAGAGUGCAAAUUCGGAAAGCACCUCAAGCUGUUGCAGACGCAGUGCCUGAGAGAAAAAGGUCAACUCCCAUGAACCCUGCAAAUACGAUUCGAAAGACACACAGCAGCAGCAGUGUUUCUCAGCGGCCUUACAGGGACAGGGUGAUUCACUUACUGGCACUGAAGACCUACAAGAAACCUGAGCUGCUAGCUCGAUUGCAGAAAGAUGGCGUCAAUCAAAAGGACAAGAACUCCCUCGGUGCAAUUCUGCAACAGGUGGCCAAUCUGAAUCCUAAGGACCUUUCAUAUACCUUGAAGGAUUUUGUAUUUAAAGAGCUUCAAAGAGACUGGCCUGGAUACAAUGAAACAGACAGACGGUCAUUGGAAUCAGUGCUCUCUAGAAAAUUAAAUCCAUCUCAGAAUGCUGCUGGCACCAGUCGUUCAGAAUCUCCUGUAUGUUCUAGUAGAGAUGCUGCAUCUUCUCCUUCUCAGAAACGGCUUUUGGAUUCAGAUUUCAUUGAUCCUUUAGUAAAUAAAAAAGCUCGAAUAUCUCACCUGACAAGUAGAGUACCACCGACAUUAAAUGGUCAUUUGAAUCCCACCAGUGAAAAAUCUCCUGCAGGUCUCCCACCACCGCCUGCAGCUGCUGCCAUCCCCACCCCUCCACCACUGCCUUCAACCCACCUGCCUGUCUCAAAUCCUCCUCAGACUGUAAAUUCUAACUCCAACUCCCCUAGCACUCCAGAAGGCCGGGGGACUCAAGACCUACCUGUUGACAGUUUUAGUCAAAAUGGUAGUAUCUAUGAGGACCAGCAAGACAAAUAUACCUCUAGGACUUCUCUGGAAACCUUACCCCCUAGUUCAGUUCUACUAAAAUGUCCAAAGCCUAUGGAAGAAAAACAUUCAAUGUCUCACAAGAAGUCCAAAAAGAAGUCUAAAAAACACAAGGAAAAGGACCAAAUAAAAAAGCAGGACAUUGAGACUAUUGAAGAAAAGGAGGAGGACCUUAAAAGAGAAGAGGAAAUUGCCAAGCUAAAUAACUCCAGUCCCAAUUCCAGUGAAGGAGUAAAAGAGGGUUGCACUGCCUCUACGGAGCCUUCUUCCACAAUUGAACUCCCAGAUUAUUUGAUAAAAUAUAUUGCUAUUGUCUCCUAUGAGCAACGCCAGAAUUACAAAGAUGACUUCAAUGCUGAGUAUGAUGAGUACAGGGCUUUGCAUGCCAGGAUGGAGACUGUGGCUAGAAGAUUUAUCAAACUGGAUGCACAACGAAAGCGCCUUUCCCCGGGCUCGAAAGAAUAUCAGAAUGUUCAUGAAGAAGUCUUACAAGAAUAUCAGAAGAUCAAGCAGUCUAGUCCCAAUUACCAUGAAGAAAAAUACAGAUGCGAGUAUCUUCAUAACAAGUUGGCUCACAUCAAAAGACUAAUAGGUGAAUUUGACCAACAGCAAGCAGAGUCUUGGCACUAG